CAAUAUACCACCUAACCUUUUUAAAAAAGAAGGUUUCAGUGAUGCAGUAUGCAACAUUCCGAUAAUCACGAUAAGGUCAUAGUCACAACCCAUAUGUGUUUAUAUGAGUACUGGGAUUGGAUUGUGUACAAUUGGAUACACGCUGUGCAUAUUUCGACAGGAUAUAUAUGUCUUAAACAAGCGGAUUAGCAUAUACUAGUGGAUAUUGAAGCAUUUGAUUAUUGGUUUUAUAAAUUACAUAGAAACACAACUAACAAAGAGGGACACUGUUUGACUUGUUCCCUGUCUGGGCCCCGCACUCGUGACCCAGGACAUUAUAUUGCAUAGUCUGGAAAUUGAAAAUAUGUACACAUGGGUAAGACUUGAGCAAAUGUUAUAACAUAUUUAAAGCAGAACGUUAUUGUCUCAAUAUAAGAAUCCUUUCAAUUUGUUUGUCUUGUUUUGAUAGCAAAAUGACAUGUUUGACCUGCCCCUGUUAUAAACGGGUUUUGUUGUUGUUUUUUUUAAAGAAAGAAUUGAGUUUUGGCUGAGGUCUAUCGCUACCUAUGCUAUCGAAAUAGCAGCACAUGGUAAAGGAACCCCUCCUAUCAUCCUCGUAGGAUCUCAUUUGGACUUUCUUUCUCGGAAUAAAGAAGAACAACAGCAUUUAUUUGCCUCAGUGCUAGAAGAGCUCUACAAGAAACAGGACCUACGUGAAAUUAUGGAAACCCACGUCCAGGAAAUGUUCCCCAUUGCAGAUCUGAAUGAUUCCACGAAAAAUCAAGCAACGUACCAGCAGAUGUGGGAAAAGAUCAUAGCGAUUGCCCCACUCCAAUCUCAGUGGAUGAAGCAUGUACCUGCAAGAUGGGUCGCCUUUGAACACGAGUUGGUGAGACUGAAGAAUGAUGGCAGGGUUAUCCUGACAUAUGAUGAUUUGUUGGAAAUCAACAGGCAGUUAGCAGUACCAUUAGUAGAAGAUGACAUAAUGGAAUUCCUAUGGAAAAUAAAGUUUUCUGGAUCAUUCCUGUGCUUUGAUCUUCAUAACAAGAAACCGUUCAUCGUUCUGCAAGCACAGUGGAUAAUAAAUGCAUUCAAAGCCAUCGUCACUGACCCAAAGUUCAUUACGGAACUAACAAUGAAGCAAAAACUUGAGUGGACAGCAUAUGAGAAAUCUGGUGUUUUACCAGUAGAAUUUAUCCGGCAACUUUGGGGACGAUACCAGGAAUUACGAUUCCUUGAGCAGGAAGAAACUCUCUACAUUGCAUUGGAAACUCUCGGUUUACUGUCCAAACCACUGUCUGUAGACGCAGAGGUGAAUUACUUCAUAGUACCUAGCAUUCUUCAGACUGCAGAUCCCGAGAUAAUUCGUCCCGUUCUUGAUGAUCCUGACACUGUCACAACUGUUGCCCUUUGCCUCAAGUUCGACAAUCCGUUCAUCCCACAGGCCGUCUGGGACAAGAUGAUUGCCGCCUGUAUCCACAGGUUUCAGCGACUUGAAGAGCCCCGUCUUGAUGGUUCGAAGUUUAUUCAACGCGGAUUUGCCUGUCUGCAGGUGAAAGGUCUUUGGAAAAUGGUUAUCUUAUGUAAAGACAAUGCCAUGAAAAUGGUAAUGUUCACGAGAAGUAGGGAUCAGGCAGUACUGCUGCCUGGCACCGGAAUCAGUCUUCGUAAAAUCAUGCAGGGUAUUCUGAAUCGAGUUCUGAAGCUGAAUAAUCAAAGUCAUCUUAAGUACCGAUUCUACCUCCACAACGACUACCGAUUCACAUCAGGUGAAAGAAUGGUUAGAGUAGAAGAUCUCUAUCGAAGGGAAAGUGUAGAAUGCUACAGUUCGGAUGGAUCUGGAUGGAUACACAAAAAGGAUCUCUACGUCUGGUUCGAGGAUGACAAGCAGAAGAUGCAGCAGACUGAUCAGCACUACGCUGUUUCAUCCGUUGCAGACAAAACAAAAGAUGUACCGGGUAGACAUUUGUCACCCAAAGAGAUUGGUAGAUUGUCUAGAUACAUCGGCAGUUCAUACCUGACGUUCUUUGUCGAGUUGAACUGUCCUGAGAAGAAAGUGGAACAGGAAAUGGAAGAGCACCGCCACCUCGCCUUUAGAUCCCGCAUCACGAAGGUAUUCUUGCAUCUCCGCAAAAUGAAGGCGGGUGCUAGUUUCGGGGCUAUAGCUGACGCAUUGUCAGAACAUGGAAUGGAUUCAGGGACCCUGAUGAACACUCUUGACACUGACCGCAAUGUGAACAGCGUUUAUGACGAGACGUUGCCAGAUAGCUUCCUGCAACAGUGCUUGUCUAUGGAGGAUGCUUCUAACAUCGCUGACCAUGUCGACAUUAAGGCAUAUUUUAACUUGUUUCUGGAGCUCGGUUUAUCACCGGCAAAGGUAGAUGACUUUGACGACCAAUACAGACACGUGCCAGCUCGCGAGAAGGUCACUGCCAUGCUGGAAGCGUUCAUAAAAGAGACCAAUCCCUGCCCAACGGUCAACACAAUACUUCUGGCGAUGCGGGAAUGCGACAUGGACACCGAAUCCCUGGUCGCAGCAUUAAAACUUCCAUAGAUACAUGAGGUUUUAGUGAGGUCUGUUGUCUUGGAGACGUGAUAGAAGAUAUUACAGCUAUCCACUAAACCUGGUUUAGGAGGUGAUGCACCAGUUGAACCCAGGAGGGUAGGGCGUAAUUAGGACGACUGUAUCAUAGUUAAUAUUUGUGUUUAAAUGCGUACUCAAAUUCAAACAUCGUGUUGCUGACUUAAGAAAUAUUAAUACUGGUCAAAUACACAAAUUGUGGUAUUAUGAAUGGUCAACAUUUUGUCAUUGGCUGUGUAAAUAAGACAUGUAAUGUAUAAUUUGCAGAAUUGAAAAGUCACCUUUUAGUAUUUAACACUAAAUACAAAUAUAGCAUGUAUUCAAUGGUUAUAAGAUAAUCAAUACACACACAUAAUAUAAUGUUUUAUAAACAACAUAUAUCCCUUAACGUCGUAUGUGUAUUAACUAUCUUUUGUACAUUUCAAGAUAUAUUUUAUUCUUCAAAGCAAGAUGUAAUUCAAUGACAGUUUGGUCAUUAUAUGUAAAAAUGCAUCUAUAACAAACCGUUUAUAUUUGGAAAAAGGGAUAUCUUUAAUUUUGGGAAAAAAACAUUUGCAAUGGAGAAAUCUAAUCUGAGUUGCAUAUCAAGAUUUUGUCAUUCUUUUUAAAGAUAUCAUUUGUUUCUAUUAGAUAUUUCUCUAUUUCAUUUUAAAGUGUUUCCUUUGUGUGCUUCUCUUUUUCAUUGAAAUUUAUGUCAAAGAAUUUGGUGACCCUAUUUGGUUAUUAGGUCUUUUUACCAACUGGUGAAAAGACCUAUUGUUUUUGUUAUGUUUCUUCUUCUUAUUAUUAUU